AUGAUUAGAAGUGCUUCGCAUGGUGUUGCAAAAAUAUGCGACUCAUGUACUUAUUCAUCCGACGAUUGUAUUGCGAAUGCGAUGAGUAUUGUAAUAUGUACAACAGAUAGUGCUCAAUGUGAAAUAUUUGCAAGAAAAAAAAGACUAUCAGAAUGUAACGAUAAAUACAAUGAUAAUGUUCAUAUUGAAUACGAUUGUGUUCCAAUAUCAAUGACUGAUGGAAAAAAAGAGUAUACGAUUUGUCAAAACAGUACAGAUAUAACAAGUGAUUAUGGUAUCAUAAGAAGUCCUGGUUAUUCAAGACAGUUUCAAAUCACAGCAACAAUAGUCGAAUGUUUUCGUUCGAUAAAUGUACCAAGCAAUAAAGCAAUUCGUUUAUGGCUAACUGAUCGAUAUAUUGGCUCAACACCUGAGGAUUGUACUCAAGGUCAUGUCGAUGUUGUUGAUAGUAUUCGAACCAGGGUUGCCAACUGUUAA